AUGCUGUCUCCUCAGCCGGGCCAUAUGUCUUUUGAAGAUGUAGCUGUGUAUUUCACAGAGAGUCAGUGGACUCUGUUGGAUCCUCAUCAAAAGGCUCUUUACCGGGACGUCAUGCAGGAAAACUUUGAAAAUAUGGCCUCCUUGGUUCAAGUCAGAGUUGAAUCAUCUCAGCCUGAAGGAUUUCUCUCAGUGAAGCCAGACUUGAUCUCCCAGCUGGAACAAGAGGAAGAUCCAUGGAUUCCAGAUCAGCCAGCUUUAGAGCAAAGGGAUUCUAAUGCAGAGUUCCCUGAUGUGAUGAUAAAACUGGAAAUGGAAGAGGAGCAACAGACUCUGAAUCACCUGGAAUCUGAGCCCAAUAAAAUCUUCCCAGAAAGCAGUUUAGCAAAAUCUCCCAUUCCUCGUCUAGACACAAUGUCUCAGCUGGAAAAAGGGGAACCACCAGGAAUUCUGCAUCAGGUGGGAUCAGAAGAAAAGGAUAUUCCAUUUGAUUACCACUUAGGAUUUCCUGAUGUUAUCAUAAAGGAAGAGGAGCCUUGGAUCCAGGGACCUGAGGAAAGUGCAAACCUUGCUGAUGACCAAUCAGGGUUUCCUGCUGUAAUAAUAAAACUCGAGCCAAAAGAAGAGCCGUGGCUCCCUGAUCCCCAGAUACCUGAGGAAAGUGUGACUGUCCCAAGAGUCCCAUUGGGCAAUGGGUGCAUAAAAGAGGAAGAUGACCUCCUGUCAGAAAACACGAAAGAAGUGAUAGUAAAUGUGACAUUGUUAGGAACUGCCUCCCAGUAUCCAAAGCAGGUGUCUGGGAUUGAAGGCAAAGCAAAGAGUCCCCAAGGGAACAUGCCAGGGAAGAGAGAUGGAAAGGUUUUAUUUUGCGCGGGAGCUGACGUCAGUGAAACCCAAGUCCAAAAAAGUAUUCACAAGCCUGGGAGAAUGCUUCUUAAAGAAGAGGACUCUUAUAAACACUUGGACAGUGAGAAGAAAUCUAGCUGGAGAUAUUACCUGUUUUCCCAUGGGAGAAGCCACACAGGAGAGAAACUGUAUACAUGUUCAUUCUGUGGGAAAAAAUUCCUUCGGAGGUCACAUCUUAUUAGACACAAAAUAAACCACACAGGAGAGAAACCAUAUAUAUGCUCGGGCUGUGGGAAAAGCUUCAAUCAGAGAUCACAUCUCAUUAGCCAUGAAAGGACCCAUACCGGAGAAAAACCAUUUUCAUGCUCUGUCUGUGGUAAAAACUUGAGUCGAAAAGCACUCCUUGUUAGGCAUGAGAGAAUUCAUACAGGGGAGAAACCAUAUAAAUGCUCUGUGUGUGGUAAAAGCUUUUGUCAGAGCUCUGGCCUAAUAGCACACAAGAUCACCCACACAGGAGAAAAACCAUACGCUUGCUCAGUCUGUGAGAAAAGCUUUAGCCGCAAAGCUAGCCUUAUCAGACAUGAGAGAAUUCAUAUGGGUGAGAAACCAUAUACGUGCCCAGUGUGUGGCAAAAGCUUCAGCCAGUGCUCUGGUCUCCUUCAGCAUGAAAGAAUUCAUACCGGAGAGAUCCCAUAUAAAUGCUCCAUCUGUGGCAAAAGCUUCAGUCGUAAAGACUGCCUUCUAGGUCAUGAGGGAAUCCAUAGAGGAGAGAAACCAUAUGCCUGCUCAGUCUGCGGGAAGAGCUUCAACUGGAAAAGUUACCUGACAGUCCAUGAGAGAAGCCAUACUGAAGGCAAAUCAUACAUAUGCUCGGUCUGUGGGAAAAGCUUUAGCCAAAGAUCAAAUCUUAUUAGCCAUGAAAAAACCCAUACACAAGAAAAAACCUAUACGUGCUCCAUCUGUGGGAAGACCUUUAUUCACAAAGUAAGCCUUAUUAGACACGAGCGAGUCCAUACAGGGGAGACUCCAUACAAAUGCUCAGUCUGUGGGAAAGGUUGCAGUGGGAGAACAAACCUUAUUUCGCAUGAAAGAACUCACACAGAAGAAAGACCUUACGCGUGCUCAUUCUGUGGUAAAAGCUUCAAACAAAGAUCAAACCUCACCAGUCAUGAAAGAAUCCAUACAGGAGAGACUCCCUUUGCAUGCUCUGUCUGUGGUAAAAGCUUCAGUUGCAAAGCAAACCUUCUCGGACACAUGAGAACCCACACGGGAGAGAAACCAUAUCCGUGCUCAGUUUGUGGGAAAAGCUUUGGUAAUAAAUCACAGGUGGUUAUACACGAGAGAAUUCAUACAGGAGAAAAACCAUAUACCUGCUCAGCCUGUGGGAAAAGGUUCAAACACAGAACAAGCUAUAUUGAACACCAAAAAAUCCACACGCAAGAAAAACCAUAUACGUGCUCAGUCUGUGGUAGAAGUUUCAGUCGUAAGGAGCACCUGAUUAUCCACGGGAGAAUCCAUACAGGGGAGAAACCAUAUUCGUGCUCCCUCUGUGAGAAAAGCUUUAAGCAAAAAUCAAGCCUGACUUCCCACGAGAGGAGCCACACAGGAGAGAAACCACACACUUGCUCGGCCUGUGGCAAAAGUUUCAACCGGAAAUCAAACCUCAUUCACCACGAGAGGAUUCAUACCGGAGAAAAACCUCAUGUGUGCUCCCUCUGUGGUAAAAGUUUCAGGAGUAAAGCCUACCUGAAGAGGCAUGAAAAAAUCCAUGCAAGAUAG